AACUGAGCGCAUGGAGUUUUUCCGGGAGAGGUAAACGGAUGGCACGACAUGAGAUCCAUCUAGCUCCACACUACGGUCCGUUAGCACCCCUACAAUUGGUCUCGCCUGAGAAUUCAGAGGCAGUGAUUGGUCAGGAUCAAUUUGAUUGUCAAGUCCGACCUGAAGGAGAAGGUUUUGCGAGAUAGGGGGGUUCUACACUCUCCCUCCUUCUGCCAUGGACAAGAUUAAUCUCACUAGGAAAGUUUCUGACGGUGGCUACAAACUCCUGGCGUCGCAAGGGGCGAAGAUUUCGCACGAUGAUCUCUUGCAUGUUGCCAGAUCCAGAGGCAUCAUUAGGCCUUCCACGUCGUCGAUGGAGGCAUUAUCAAUCAUCAGCGACUUGAUUAGUGAUUCAUUGAAAGACCGAGAGGAUGAAAUAGUGCGCAAAGCGUCCAAGUUUUUGAGUUGCUUUGCCCAGGAUGCGUCGUGGGCGACAUCGACCCCUGAAUCCCAUUUCUCCGUUCCGUUCAAUCAUCAUGAUCAAACCCAAGGUCCAAAGAAGCCAGAUGGAGCGACCCCUGAGACUGUUUUCCUUCGACAACGGUUUCAUAAUCUCCGCGUUGAAUUCCGAAUUUCAAAUACUGGAUACGAAAUCCGAGACGCUCUUGCGCAACAUGGCGCCAAGGGACAACCAUUACUGUUGAAUUCAACCUGGAAUCUGUUCUUGCGUGCGGGGAAGGGUGCUUCGACCGCAAGUUAGUGUUACGUCCCACUUUUUUUGCAAACAUCCCAUUGACAUUAUCUUUUUCACGUCUCGUCCUUCCCUUGACAGACCCUCUUGUCGCGUCGGGAUCAUUUGAAGAUACUCUUACCUCCAAUCCAGAUGGAUGUCCACUGAUUUUGCACCGUAAAUGGAUAGUCGAGCGAAUUUCGUCCCC